AUGCGGGUGCGCCUGGGCGCGCUGGCCGGCUCAGCGGCGCUCACCGGGGCGCUCAGCUUCGUGCUGCUGGCGGCCGCCAUCGGCACCGACUUCUGGUACAUCAUUGACACCGCGCGGCUGGAGAGAAGCGGCCCUGGCGCCCAGGACCCGCUGGGGACAGCCAACCGCAGCCGGCCCGAGUCUCUGAGCUCGCACUCCGGGCUCUGGCGGACUUGCCGGGUGCAGAGCUCGUGCACCCCGCUGAUGAACCCCUUCUGGCAGGAGAAUGUGACAGUCAGCGACUCCAGCAAGCAACUUCUCACUAUGCACGGGACGUUUGUGAUUCUGCUGCCGCUCAGCCUGAUCCUGAUGGUUUUCGGGGGGAUGACGGGGUUUCUGAGCUUCCUCCUCCAAGCCUACCUCCUCCUGCUGCUCACUGGGACCCUCUUCCUCUUUGGAGCCAUGGUGACGCUCACUGGCAUCAGUGUCUACAUCGCCUACUCGGCCGCUGCCUUCCGCGAGGCGCUGUGUCUGCUGGGGGAGCGGGCGCUCCUGGACCAGGUGGACAUCCGCUUCGGCUGGUCGCUGGCCCUGGGCUGGAUCAGCUUCGUCUCGGAGCUGUUCACUGGGGUGGCUUUCAUGGUGGCCGCGCGUGUGGUCAGCCUGCGGCGGAGGCAGGACCAGGCCAUCUGAGCUGGGACAUCCUGUGACAGUGGGGGAGGGAGGGCUUGGCCCCGGGGCCUCCCAGACCCACCUCCUCUCCCUCAAAGGCUGUCCAUGGAGGCCAGGGGUGGCCCUGCCCUCUGGGGCCUGAGCUGCCGUCCGUGCAGCCCAGAGUGCUCUGUGCCAGGUGCCCGUGUGUCUGCCUGGGCCUGCUGCAAGACGCCAAGGAAGUGCUGGACCCAUGUCACUUGAAAUAAAUGACAGUCCUCUGCACAGGGAGCUUCACA